UCCAUCCUGGCUGCCAGGCUGCAGUGUAUAAAGCUCCAAACUCCACGAUAAGCUAAGUCAGGUAGCAAUAUAUCUUUCGAUCGUUUUGCCAUGGCAGCUACAACGAGCUUGCUGCUCUGCCUGUUGCUCGCCUUUCUUCACGGCCUCCAGUUUCAUAUCCCUCCUGUAGCAGCUGCGACGACGUCGACGUCGCACAACAAGACCGAGAGCCGACGAGAUGCGCGCGGGAAGACGCUGAGCUUCACGCUGUACCAGCACGAGACCAUCAACAAGACCGGCUACAUCGUGGUGGACGGCGUCGCGGGCGCGGGCGUCAGCCAGACCACCACGCCCUUCGGCACCAUCUACGUCUUCCGCGACGACCUGACGGUGCACGCGGACAGGAAGUCCCCGGUGGCCGGCGUCGCGGAGGGGAGCUCCAUCACCACCAGCCUCGACGGGCUGCAGAGCCUGUCGCUGGCCAAGAUCACGGUCCACCACCGCGGCCACCGGGGCUCCGUCUCCGUCCUCGGCGGCACCUACAACACCAAGCCAUCAGACUACCCGGUGGUCGGUGGCACCGGCGACUUCGCGUACGCGCUAGGAUACGUCCGGUCGUCGCCGUUGGACUUGCGGGGACGGACGGUGACGUACAAGAUGGAGCUUCACUUGUACUGGCCUCCGUACGCUCACUACGCUCCGGUUCCGCAUAAAGCGUGAAUUGUAUAGCUAUUUGCAACGGCCUACCUGUAUGGCCAUUUUUAUUCUUUUUCGAACAUGGCGUGAAUCUUUCUCUAAUCUUAGAGUAUAAUAAAAAGUUGAACAAUAAUUUGAUCACUUUUUCUUAUAUAUACAAGCAUACAUAGUUUGCAUUGGUGAUUUA